CAACUUUGCUGAACUGUUGCAAAAUGCUCAAGGAAUUCCUUGUGAUCCUGAUUGUGACUGCAGUUGCUUUGGCUGCCAGGAUACCCCGGGCAACUGAGAGUGAUUUUAUCGAUAUACCAUUUAAGAGACUCAAGAAUUCGGCUGAACGCAUUCAAUCGCAUGGCUAUCCAGGUGAAUCGCAUUUUGUGGAAACGGAGGAUGGCUAUGUGCUGAACAUGUUCCGCAUCCCCUACUCCCCCAAGCUGGACAAUAAUGCCAAGGAGGAGGAGGAGGUGCAGCGUCCGGUGGUGUUAAUCCAGCAUGGACUCUUCAGCUGCUCCGAUUGUUUCCUGCUCAAUGGGCCGGACAAUGCGCUGGCCUACAACUAUGCGGACAGGGGCUACGAUGUCUGGCUAGGCAAUGCCCGUGGCAAUAUAUAUUCGCGUAACAAUACGAAAAUUAAUAUCAAUCAUCCCAAUUUCUGGGCAUUUAGUUGGCACGAAAUUGGCGCCUACGAUCUACCAGCGAUGAUUGACUACAUACUCGAGCUAACCGGAGAGAAGGCUCUGCACUAUGUGGGUCACUCGCAGGGCUGCACCACGUUCUUUGUGAUGGCCUCGUUUCGGCCGGAGUACAAUGCCAAGAUUAAAACUGCCCACAUGCUGGCACCGCCCAUCUUCAUGGGCAACGUGACCGAGGGAACUGUCGUCGGUUUGGCUCCCUACGUCGGUUCGCCGGGCAUCGGCGCUGAGUUGUUGCAGAAUCAGGUAUUUUUGCCAUGGAAUGAGGUGAUUCAACGUGUGCUGGACACCGUUUGUAGCAACGAUCCGUAUCUGCUCAGCUAUUGCAAAACACUUGCCAUUAUGUGGGGCGGUGGCUUGGGCAAUUUGAAUGCAACACUCUUGCCACAAGUGGCCGAAACGCAUCCGGCUGGCAUCUCCACCAAUCAGGGCAUUCAUUUCAUUCAGUCGUAUGUGUCCAACGAAUUCCGUCGUUACGAUUGGGGACGCAAAAAGAAUCUGGCCAAAUAUGGCACCGAAGAGCCGCCAGCCUACGAUUUAACCCAAAUCACAUCGCAAGUCUAUUUGUAUGCAGGACCUGCAGAUGGUUCGGCCAACUUGAAGGAUAUUGCUCGACUGCCGCAGUAUCUGUCACAGCAUACGCUGUUUGAGAUCGAGGAUCCCACGUGGGGACAUUUGGAUUUCAUAUUUGCACUGAAGGUCAAGGAGAUUAUCAACGACAAAGUUAUCUCGCUUAGCGAAACGUAUGAUUGGCUCAAUAAAGACUAAUCAACCCCCAUGCGAUUAAUAAUCUUAUCUCGAAAUUAUUU